AAAAAACUGACACAAAUUGUGCUCUUUCUCUUCGAUAGGGCUAGUGAUGAUCAUGUGAUUGAGUAAAAAUGGCUACUGCACCGAUCGCAGAACAGUUUGCUGUGCUUCAGAUAUUACUGAAAGCUUCAAAAAAAGAUGAGGUCCGGCAGCUAUGCCAAGAAUGCUUUUUGAAUUCAGCUACUGGUUCAGAGAAACUGAUUGAAGACAUCUGUUCCACUCUCUCAGUUGAACCAGAUGAAGCUAAGCAAUUGAUCUGUUCUUUGCACAGCCUUUUAAGGCAUGUUGUGCAUCAAGGCCUGGCCUCCCCAGAAGAAAUUCUCUCCCUCUUUCCAGAAGGCUUCCACCAGAACCUUAAAAACCUUUUGACUAAGAUAAUCUUGGAAAACUUAUCUGCGUGGAGAAAUGAAGUACAAGCCGGUCAGAUUUCCCUUCCUCGGCUAAUUGAUAUGGACUGGCGAGUGGACAUCAAGACCUCUUCAGACAGUGUCAGCAGAAUGGCUGUCCCCACCUGCCUGCUACAGCUGAAGAUCCAGGAAGAUGCCGCCUUAUGUGGGAAUGACCUCGCAACCUCUGCAUUGACAAUAGAGUUGAAUAAGCAAACAGUGGACACAAUGCUUGAUGGCCUAGGGAGAAUUCGUGACCAGCUUUCAGCUGUUGCAAAUAAGUAAUCCUCCAAAUGGGGAAUUCUGGUUCAGAUACAGGAAAGAAUUUUCUUGCAAACAAACCUUUUCAUUCCUCUUUCUCAUAACCAAACACAUUGUUUUUCCAAAGGGUACCUUUUCACUUCGGUGGUGGUGGGCACCUCAGAUGCAAAAGCUCCAUAUCCUUGGUUUAGUGCCUGCCAUAGCCUCCUGAUGCUCAUCCAGACUGUACCUUGUCUGUAGCCUUAAAGAAGCUUGGCUUGUUGUAAUGGAAAGAGGAGCAGCCAGUAAGAUCUGACCAUAUCUCCUUGCUCUGGAAUUAGGGACUAAAAGCACUAAUAGGCUGCAGUCCAGCUUCAACAGACUCUUGAAAGGUGUAUGCUGAGUACAAGACUUCCUUCCCUAUUUUUUGAGGUACUGCUUUUGAGAUAGGGAAAUUUUACUGCAACUCACUACCAAAAAAUGCCUGGGGGUGAUAAGCUGAGAAGUUGCUGAUCCUCCCUUGUGUUGGAGAAGAGGGCAUGAAGAUCCUUUGGAUGUAUCAAAAGAAAUGAUUAAUGGCAGCUGCUGGUUGUCAUAACAGUAGAUCAUGUGCUUACAAAGCACUAACCAGUUUUAAAAUGUACUAAAUAUUUUUUUUCUUCCUCCAAGGAACAGUGAACAUAAGACCAUUUUGCAUUCUUUGUUCUGUCACAGAUGAAGGUUAGUGUUGAUUUUCCUCAGUAAGUUUCUUAUGUUUCCUUGUUCUAUUACCCAGCCCCAAUCUUUAUUUUUCCUUAGGUGCUUAACGUUUGCGCAGAUUCCCUCCUUUCCUGUCUUCCAUAAGUGAAGUUUGGCUGAUCCAUGUGCUGCUACAAGUAAAGCCUUCCCUACUUAAUCAUACUAUGUUCUGGUAAGCCAGGCACGUUGGGAUCUUGGCACACUAAUCCAAAAUAUACCUACCAGAAAAAAGUUGGUACCACAGAUUUCAGUGGACCUUCUUUUCACGUGAAGAUGCUUUCAGAAAGAGAGUUUUGCAAGGAAACGCCAUAUCAAUUGCUAUUAGUCCAUGUAGAUUAAUGUGGCUAAGUCUGGGUCCAAAUUUCCGACUGUAGGUCUGAAUCCACAAACCAGUGGAUACAGGUAACUUUCCUCCACUUCCUGCUUAGUGUGCUCACUAGAGGUACUUGUUGUCUGUUUCCUCUCUAAGGUUAAGAAGUUUUCUCUUUGAACGUAGACAGGCAGUCUUGAAUUGCAUCCUUCUCCUUUGCAGUGAAGGAAACAAAAAUUUGCUUCCUUCUUUUCCGACUGCAUCACUUCUGGCCACCCCUUUGUGACAAAGUAUUUCAUUUUCUUGACCAUCAGUUAGCUGGAAAAUUUAUCACCUUGCUAUAUUCUACACCGUGAAGCCUUGUGUCUUACAUUCUCAAUUGCAUAGUUUUAAACUCCUCAGUUUCCAGCUCUGGAGUUGUCCAAAUAAGUAAGCCUCUCCUUUAAAACUGCAGAAAUGCUAUUCUCUCUAUUUUCACUUCCAUAAGGCUGCUGGGGCUGCUUUAUCCCUCCUGCUGUACCCAAUAAGUCAUUUCACCCUUCUUUUUUGCUUUGGUUGUUCAAAGAGACAAGGAAAACAGGAAGAACACAUGGGUUACACUUCCUGCUUCACCCCCACCCCAUUCUUCCUAAUGGCCGAAGCUGUUCUGUCAAUGCCAUCAUAAGCAUGUCUGCUUGAAAGCAGAUUCUACCAAAUUCAGUGGGACUUGCUCCCUAGAAUGAGUUUAGCCUACUGCCCUAGUACUAGUUUCUGUCUUUAAAAAAGAUUGAUGCAAUUGCACUAAGGAGCAGUUGGAAGUAAAGAAAAAUGAAAUAUUUGCGCAGACAUCACUGGAAAUAUUUUGGUGUUUCAACCUGAUAGUAAGCAUUUGCAGUGGUUUGUCUGUUUGUAGUGCUGCCACAAUAUCAUCAUCACUACAUUAACAAUUCUUAGCACUUUCAUAGCUUCUAGAUUGACCAAAGGAUAUAUUUUAAGGAGUCUGUGAGACAGCUAUAUCACAGUAUCAAUAUUUCCACACUGCAGAGGGAGUGACUACUAACAGUAAGUUAUCUAAGAUCAUCAGAUGAGUAUUUAGCAGAGAUGAGACUUGAAGCUGGAAUUUCACAGCUCAGUUCAACCUCUUAGCCACUAAGCUGUACUAGCUUUUGGCUAUCGCACGAUUCUUUUUUAAGGCUUGUUACAAAGCUUCCUCUCUUUGUUUCCAGCAAAGCAACUAUUAGGACUCCUGCAUGCUGUUUGUACUCCUUAAUACUGUUAUUUAGAUGAGUACCUUUAGUUCCCCCCAGUUGCUAAAUCUCAUCUCUGUAGACAAGGAUAGCAUUGUUACACAAAUUGCUACAUUCAACAGAGUCCUUUCUUUGCGUCACUUGUUCUAUUAAUUACGCUGUUUUUUCCUGUAAGUCUUUCCUCUUUGAAAAUAGUUCUGUCAUAAAAAAGCUGGCUGAUUUAUUUUCUGCAAA